AUGGAGUGCAGAAAGUUCGACAUAACCAUCUCCGCAGCAUACAACGUUGAAGACGUCCGGUUAUUCGGCAAGACGGAAGCACACGCCAGGAUUUACAUCGUCGGCCUAACUGAGCCGGAAAGAAGAACUCCGACGGACACUCACGGCAAGAAAAACCCUGCGUGGAAUUUCACGACCAGCUACACCAUAUUCGAGUCCAUGCUGAAGAACUGUAACACGGUGCUUGUGGUGAAAGUGUACUGUACAAGAGCCAUGGGAGAUAUAUACAUCGGACAAGUCGACAUCUCCCUUAAAGAGCUUUUUGAUUGUGCCGGACCCGUGCAUGUUGCCACCGGAAAAAGUAGCAAACUAGAUGACGAGAGAGAUGAAGAAGCUGCUAAUAAUUAUGACGGCGGUCGAACUGCGAUGCUGACUCUCCCGUUGCAGAAGGGCAGUGUUAAAUCUCAGGGGGCUUUGAGAAUUUCUUACAGCUUCACUGAGAAGGUGGUGCUCGAUAAGCUUCGCAUUGCUAGCGUUGCUCCCCACAUCCUCUCCUCUUUUAAUAAGUGUUGA